UUUGUUAAUUCAUCUGUUAUUGUGGUAUUAUUACAUGUGUAUAAUAAUUCAUAAAGAAUAAGUACAUUCAAUUAAAAAUCCACGCCUGAGCCAAGUGCAGGACGCAGGCUCUCUAGUAUGAAAGAGGCAUCAGAAAAUUUCAUUAUCGUGCGCGACGAACUAAAUUGAAUCAUGCCGACCAGAGGAAUUUGCAACGCCCGUUGCCAAGCGUUUCACGUGGCUAUGGUACGGAAAGAAGAAUCUCUACGGAUCAAAUGGUUUCGAAAAAAUCAACAGAAAUUGCUAGAUCAUCUAAAAGCGACGGAAACUCAGGAGAUAAUCGAACCAUCCACAGUGAAACAAUCGAGCACAGGCAUUAUACUCCCAAAACCAUUGCCUAAUUGGAGACCGCUCAAACCUGAUGGUUCCAUCAAUAUGGAUAUAAUGAAACCGAUCGAUCCCCGAGUUAGAGCAAUUUUAUACCACGACGUUCCAAGCUUCGUCAACGCUGAUAAUUAUUUCCAUGAAAGAUUAAAAGAUAUUCCCGAAGAUCGUUACUUCUUUCCCGACUGUACAAGUUGGGUGUAUGGAUGGCAUCUUUCGGAUUACUCGCCUGUACCGCGAAGCAAGGUUGGACAAACAAAUGUUAUGAUAAGAGAAUUCUUCCAUCCAAGAAUAUCGAGUCUCCAGAGAGACCCGGAAUGGUAUCGCCCUUCUAAAUAUAAUCUCUCGGUAUGCGUUGACAAUGCGAACUAAUAACGAAAUUGAAGUAAACAUAAUAGUAUAUGUCGAUACGAAGAAAAGAAAAAAAUUUGUAAUUAUAUCAAGUUAAGAUUUCUCCAAGUGUAUUCUUUUGAGAUAAAAAUUCAUUUGAGGCGCGCAUUUUCAUUAAAUUAUAACUUUAACUACGCAUACGGUAUGCCAUAUGCAGAGAGCUUACUAUAAAAUUCCGUAAAUGUUAACAUUG